AUGGUUGAGACUAAGACAAGCUUGAAACUGAAAUGUUUGAGGUUUGACAAUGGUGGUGAGUAUGUCAAUGGUGGGUUCAAGAAGUAUUGUGCAACUCUGGGUUUUUGCAAGCUUAAUGUCAAUGUUGCUUUAUUUUUUGAUCUUCGAAAAGUUGGGGUGGGUGUUGUGCUUACGAAUGAGAAAGGAAAAGUACUUGUCACUGUGAGUAAAGCUGAGCAUGAGCUUAAUGAACCAGAGUUAGUUGAAUUACUAGCCAUGUUACGAGGCCUUCAAUUUAGUUUACAUUUGGGGCUUUCCAAAAUUGUGCUUGAGAGUGAUAGUUUACUCAUGCUGAAAGCCUUAUCUACUAAUGAAGAUUCAUUAUCAAUUCAAGGUAACCUAUUGAAGGAAGUUAGAAGUCUGCUCAGCCAUUUUGAAGACUAUUAA